AUUCUACUGAAAACUAAACUAGAUAAAGGACAAGUGUAACAAAAUACAAUAGGGCGUGAACUAAAAACAACAUUGGUUAGAAAUGAGGCUAUGGAUUUAUUCAAGAGAAAAAACAUGGAUAAUAUAUUAUUAUUUUUAACACCGCUGCUGUUAUAUCCUCUUUUAAUUGAAGCAAAGAAUAUAAAUUGCAAUAGUAAGUCAUUUCAUUGUGUGAAUUCGACCCAUUUCAUGAUAUGCGUAGAUUUGGGAGGGGGAGUAUCUAUGACAAUUGACAGUUUUGUUAUACGAUGCCCACCUACGACAUUUUGUCAAGAAACAAACUAUUUUGAAUGUGAAUAUCAAGCAUCGACAACUCAAAAGACCAAAUUUGACGUAACGAACGGAUUUGCAGACACAAAUACAUUAACGGCUACUACAGAAACUAUUUCUUCUGAGGUAUAUCAAGUAUACAUUAACGGUGUAAAUAAUGCUGUAACAGAAUUAGUUCCCAAUGAACUGGACAGUGAAGCGAUUAAAGUGCAAGAUAUAACUACUUCCCUGCCUAACACUCAAAAAAGUUCUUUAAUAAAAUACGCGCCAACUACGCUCUCCGUAACUGUUAAUGUAUUAACUGGCGUGAAUACUCAGGUAGAAUCCAAAAAAAUAUCCACGAUAUCACAAUAUUAUGAUGUCUUUGUAGAUAGUAAUAAAAAAAUUAACACACUGUCAAACAAAACGUUGAAACAAUAUUGUUUAAAUGAUACAAUAUCAAAUAUAAGUCUGAAAAAUAAACUAACAGCAACUGAAGCCAAUUAUAAAUCGACAAGAGACAGCGUUGAAACUACCAAUAAACUUUUGACUACUAUUAAUAAAAUAAAUAACUCAUAUGAUGAACAUAACCCUACUGAGCUAGUACUAAAAUAUAAGCAACAGAUAAUACCUACCGAUAAAAGCUAUUUUGCGGUCAACCCUUUUGUUUAUGGCUAUGAAAUUAAUUUAACAUCUGAAGGUAAUUUUAAUAACGUAAGUACAAAAAUACAAAGUAAAGAAGAUAAAAUCAGCGAUGAUAGAAGCUUUUCCUAUUUUACACUUUAUAAUAACGUUUCUAAAAGUGAUACGAUUUACAAUAAUGAUCUUGUGAAAUCUGUUAAAGGUAGAAAAAUAAUCACUUCGAUUAAAACAUCUCGAAAUCAUAAGCAGUUGUUGCCCAAUACCUUAGAAAGCGUCGAAUUGGACGACAGUUCAAAAGUUAAUAAACCCAUAUUUAAUUUUAAUUGUCGAAACCGUUCACGAGGUAGAUUUGCAGAUGAAGGUAACUGCAGGAAGUUCUAUAUUUGCAUAGGUAUCGUUGCACCUAUUCUUGGACUAUGUCCAAUAAACACAGUAUUUAGUGAAUUUCAACAACAAUGUACAAGGAACUUAUCGCACUGCGUUAGAAAAAAUCAAUUUCAAUGUGUUAGUGAAGGCAGAUUCAUUGAUGUGUGGGAAGAUAAUAUUUAUUAUAUAUGUGUUAAAGGUACAGAUCACAGGUUCAUAAGAUUUAAAUUGCAGUGUCAAAACGGUUAUCGCCUGGAUAAAAUGAGUUUAACUUGUAAAAAUGUUAAAGAAAUUAUUAAAUUAUCAUCCUCAUCAUUGUCAUCAUCUUUAUACGAUGAAGAUAAUAAAAAGAUAAGUAAAACUAUUACAAAGAAGAGAACUGAUAAGAACUUGUUUAUAAAUAAUGAAAGCUUUAAAUGUGAAAAAGAAGGAAAGUUUUCAGAUCCAAGCAACUGUAGAAGAUAUUAUGUGUGUACGAAAACUUCUAAAUCGAUUCUACGUCGUAAAAGAAAAAGCUGUGAUUCAUACGAGGUUUUCGACAAAGAUAAAAAUAAAUGUGUCGAUCAAGAUAGUCAUGAAUGUUGAUAAACUUAAAUUUGAUGACAAGUUGCCCGGAUUGGUAUGGAUAGUUAGCAAUAAAAUAGUGUUAAGUAAAAUAAAAUUAAGUAAUUAUUUAAUUUAUUUAAUUUAGUAAAAUUUACAAUUAACACAUAGGUUAACGUUUUCUUUUUUAUGUUAAAAGGCAUGUUCAGUCUUAUUUAAAGUAAAUAUAAUUAUGAAUUU